AUGGACAGGUCCCAAUCCCGCGGGGAAAGCACCACUGGGCUCAGCGAAUGGAAGAAACGAGCUCCAUACCGCAUCCACGAAAAAAAAGACAACUUCGAUGUCAAGUACGAGGCUAAUUGCCAUUGUGGACGCGUGCGGUAUCAGUUGAGUAGACAGGAGCCCCUAGAUUCGAAGCUUUGCCAUUGUACGACUUGUCAAACGCAGCACGCGGCACCCUUCCAAUGGGCCGCCAUCUUCCACAAAUCCGACAUCAACUUCUACAACGGCCACCACGAUCUUGAAUGGUACGAUCCCACAGAAAAAUCCAUCGAACACAAACUCCCGUGUAAAGUUCGGUGUUCGUUUUGCCACUCCCCGAUUAUGGAUGAGGGCAGGAAUAUGAUAUUACUGUUUCCGAGUUUGAUCCACUUGAAAACGGAUCGGGAUAAGGCGCUUUUUAAACCAAGAUGCCACAUGUUCUAUAGUCAGCGUGUCAUGGAUAUUCCAGAUGGACUGCCAAAGUGGAGUGGAUUGAGUCAGGACAGCGAACUUAUCGAAGAUAGCCCGCCCGAGCUAGUUAGAGAGGUGGAGAGGAAGAGGGAGGAAGAGAGAAGGAAGAGGUUUAAGAAGGGGGAGAAUGAGUAG